AUGGGGCUAAGAGGGGCCAGCCUGUUCCUGCUCUGGCUGGCACUUUGCUGUGCCAAUGAAAUCAGAAAAGGAAGGACAAGAAACCAUGGCCAGUCUGUCUGCAGCACCUGGGGAAACAACCACUUCAAAACCUUUGAUGGAGACAUCUACCAAUUCUCUGGCCUUUGCGAGUACAAUUUUGCUUCUGACUGCCAAGGGUCCUACAAGGAGUUCUCUGUCCACAUCCAGCGUGCCCUGAACAGCAACAACCACCCUCAGAUCCAGUACAUUCUGCUGACAGUCAAGGACUUCACAGUCUACCUCAGACCAAAAGUGGCUGUAGUGGAUGGGAAGAUUGUGAAGACACCUUACUACAGCUCUGGUUUGCUGAUUGAGAGCAGUGACAUCUACACCAAAGUUUAUGCCAAAUUUGGCCUGAGUCUGAUUUGGAACCAGGAAGAUGCACUGAUGGUGGAGCUGGACAGCAAAUUUGCUAACCGUACCUGUGGUCUCUGUGGGGAUUACAAUGGAAUUCCAAUCUACAAUGAGUUUAUCAAUGGAGAUGACAGCUACAACUCCAUCACAUAUGGAAACUUGCAGAAGAUCAACAAACCCAAUGCCAGAUGUCAGGAUCCUGAUGAAACUGGAGCCCUUCCAAGCUGUAAUGAGCAUCGCGAUGAGUGCGAGAGGCUGCUGACCUCCUCUGCCUUUGCCGACUGCCGGUUGCGCCUUAACCUGGAAAUGUACAUCCAAGCCUGCAUGCAGGACAAGUGUGCCUGCAACGGGGAAGAGGACUCCUUCUGCCUCUGCAGCACCAUCUCUGAGUACUCUCGCCAGUGUUCACAUGCUGGGGGCCGGCCGGGAGAGUGGAGGACGCAGGACUUCUGCCUCAAGACCUGUCCAAAGAACAUGAUCUACAGAGAAAGCAGCUCCCCCUGCAUGGAUACUUGCUCACACUCAGAAAUCAGCAGCCUUUGUGAGGAACACUACAUGGAUGGAUGUUUCUGCCCUGAAGGAACUGUGUAUGAUGAUAUCACUGCAAGAGGCUGCAUAGCUCGCAGCCAGUGCUCCUGCAAGCUCCAUGGGAAGCAGUAUGCACCUGGGCAAAACAUCACCAAUGAAUGUGAAGAAUGCACCUGCAGUUCAGGCAGAUGGACAUGCAAAGACCUACCCUGCCCGGGCAAGUGCUCAGUGGAAGGAGGUUCUCAUAUUACCACCUUUGAUGGGAAGAAGUACACCUUCCAUGGAGACUGCUACUAUGUGUUGGCCAAGGGUACUGCAAACGAGAGUCAUGCACUCCUGGCAGAGCUGGCUCCCUGUGGCUCCACAGACAGGCAGACCUGUCUGAAGACCGUGGUGCUAUUGGCAGAUCACAAAAAAAAUGUGGUGGUUUUCAGACCUGAUGGCAGUGUGUUACUGAAUGACAUGACAGUGAAUGUGCCUCAUGUGUCAGCCAGCUUCUCCGUUUUCAAGCCAUCUUCCUACUACCUCAUUGUCCAAACUGCUUUGGGGCUUCAGCUGCAGAUCCAGUUGUCUCCAGUCAUGCAGCUCUUUGUGACUGUGGAUCAAUCAGUUCAAGGGAAACUUCAAGGUCUCUGUGGCAACUUCAACGGAAUGGAAGGUGAUGACUUCAAAACAAGCAGUGGGCUGGUAGAAGCUACAGGCUCUGCCUUUGCCAACACAUGGAAAGCUCAGUCCAUCUGUGCAGACCAGGCAGAAAACCUGGAAGACCCUUGCAGUCUCAGCAUUGAAAGUGCAAAUUAUGCUGAGCAUUGGUGUUCUUUGCUGAAAAACCCAGAUGGUCCUUUUGCAAGGUGCCAUGAAGCCAUUGACCCUUCUGAAUACUACAAGAAAUGCAAAUAUGACACCUGCCUCUGUGAAGACAGUGAAGAGUGCUUGUGUGCUGCCCUUUCCUCUUACUCCAGAGCCUGUGCUUUCAAAGGCAUCAUACUGGGAGGCUGGAGAGACACUGUUUGCACUCGUGAAGUCUCUGCCUGCCCAGGGAAUCAAAUCUUCCUUUACAACCUGACAAUGUGCCAGCAAACCUGCCGCUCCCUGGCUGAUGGAGAGAAGUACUGCCCACAGGACUUCCCUCCUCUGGAUGGCUGUGGCUGCCCCUAUGGCACCUACCUGGACAACCAUGACAGCUGUGUGCCUGUCUCCAAGUGCCCCUGCUAUUACAAAGGGACGUACCUGGAGCCAGGGCAAUAUGUCACAAAGGAUGGAGAACGUUGUGUUUGCCGAGAUGCAAGGGUCCAGUGCACUUCAGUGAAACUAAGAACAAAAAGUCUAACAGAAUGUUCUUCUAAGAAGCUGUACUUUGACUGCAGUGCAUCAAACUGGACUUCCCAAACACCUGUCCAGCUGAGCUGCCAUACUCCUCAAACUGAGCAUUUCCAGACAGAGUGUGUCUCAGGGUGUGUGUGCCCUGAAGGUCUAUAUGAUGAUGGGAGAGGAGGCUGUGUGGAGCAGAAGGACUGUCCAUGCAUUCAUAACAACCAGUGGUAUUCUUCUGGACAGAAGAUAAAAGUGGACUGCAACACCUGCACCUGCCAAAAAGGAGUUUGGAGCUGCUCUGAAAAUAUUUGCUAUGGGACUUGUAUGAUCUAUGGGAGUGGCCAUUACAUCACCUUUGAUGGAAAAUUCUAUGACUUUGAUGGCAGCUGUGAAUAUGUGGCUACUCAGGAUUUUUGUGGUGACAAAAAAUCCAUCGGCUCUUUCAGCAUCAUCACAGAGAAUGUCCCCUGUGGUACUACAGGAGUCACCUGCUCAAAGGCUAUUAAGAUAUUUCUUGGGAAAACUGAGCUGAAGCUGGAGAACAAAGAUUACAAAGAAAUUCAGCGUGACGUUGGGGACGAUGUGCGCUAUUGGAACAGGACUGUCGGCCUCUACCUCAUCAUUGAAGCCAGCAAUGGUGUGAUGCUUAUCUGGGAUAAGAAGACCACUCUUUUCAUCAAGCUGAGCCCUGACUUCAAGGGCCAAGUGUGUGGUCUGUGUGGCAACUUUGAUGGCAAAUCCAACAACGACUUUACAACAAGGAGUGGACUUCAGGAGGCUAAUGCUUUGAAGUUUGGGAAUUCCUGGAAACAGUCUUCAAUGUGCCCAGAUGCCACAUAUGAGAUUAAGCCCUGUGACAUCAAGCCCCAUCGGAAGUCCUGGGCAGAGAAAGAAUGCAGCAUCAUCCAGAGCCAAGUCUUCAAAAUUUGUCAUUCCAAGGUAGACCCAAAGCCUUUUUAUGAAGCCUGUGUUCAUGAUGCCUGCUCUUGUGACAGUGGUGGAGAUUGUGAGUGCUUCUGUUCUGCAGUUGCUGCAUAUGCUCAAGAGUGUACCAAGGCUGAGGCUUGUGUUUUCUGGAGAACUCCUGAUAUAUGCCCAAUAUUCUGUGACUACUACAACCCUCGUGAUGAGUGUGAAUGGCACUAUGAGCCUUGUGGCAGAGAGAUCAUGACCUGCAGGGUGAUUAAUAAUGUCAGCACCAACUUCACAGUACCAUACCUGGAAGGUUGCUACCCCAGAUGUCCUCCAGAGAAGCCUGUUUAUAAUGAAGAGACAAAGGAAUGUGUUCAGGCAGAUCAAUGUGGCUGUUACGUCAAUGGAACUUACAUCCCUGUUGGGAAUGAGACAAUCACAGAAGAGAAUUGUACAAAAUGUGUCUGCAGCCCCUCAGGAUCAAUCGAGUGUACACCAAUCCCAGGCUGUCCUUGUGUUGUCAACGGAACAAGUUACGAAGUGGGCGAAAUUGUGGCACACGUACAGAGCGGUGAAAUAUGCAUAACAUACAUCUGUGCAGAAAAUGGCUCUGUGGUUCCGGGAAGCACUUACCCUUGUCCAACAUCCUCCCCCACCACCACUUCCACCCCUACUCCUACCAGCACUCCUACCAGCACAGUUACAACUACAAGACCUCCAGUAACUACAACUCCGUGCUUUGCAUUAAUCUGUGACUGGACUCAGUGGUUUGAUGCUAGCAAUCCAGAAGUGGAUGGCGGUGACUACGAAACCUACGAGGCUAUAAGAAAGAAAUAUGGAGACAAAAUCUGUAAAGCUCCCGAGGAAAUUGAUUGCAGGGCUCAAGAUAUGCCUGAUGUGAGCUUAGAGGAACUUGGCCAGAAAGUAGAGUGCAAUGUUACUUACGGACUGAUCUGCGAAAACAAGGAGCAAGAUGUGACCAUGUGGGAACUCUGCUAUAAUUAUGAAAUCAGGGUAAACUGCUGCGACUGGCAAGAAACCUCUUGUGAGGCUAAACCAACUUCAACACCAACUACAACCACUUCCAGCACAACAGUACCUACCCCCACUACAACCAGGUGGCCCACAGUUUCCACCACAACAACCUCCACCCCAACCACCAGCACCUCAGGACCUUCUUCAGCCCCGCCUUCAACCACCACGAGCACAGAGUUUCCUCCACCCGUAUCUACAACUACUCCCAGGCCAACACCACCACAGCCUCCCAGCAGCACCACCACUGUGCCUCCUUCCAGCACCACCACCACUGUGCCUCCUCCCAGCAGCACCACCACUGUGCCUCCUUCCAGCACCACCACCACUGUGCCUCCUCCCAGCAGCACCACCACUGUGCCUCCUCCCAGCACCACCACCACUGUGCCUCCUCCCAGCACCACCACCACGGUGCCACCUCCCAGCAGCACCACCACUGUGCCUCCUCCCAGCACCACCACCACUGUGCCUCCUCCCAGCAGCACUACCACAACGCCUCCUCCCAGCACCACCACCACUGUGCCUCCUCCCAGCAGCACCACCACCACUGUGCCUCCUCCCAGCACCACCACCACGGUGCCACCUCCCAGCAGCACCACCACUGUGCCUCCUCCCAGCAGCACCACCACUGUGCCUCCUUCCAGCAGCACCACCACAGUGCCUCCUCCCAGCAGCACCCCCAUAGACUGUAGCUGUGUCUGGACCGACUGGAUUGAUGUGAGUUACCCAACUCCUGACAGAGACAGUGGCGACUACGAAACCUUUGACAGGAUUGAAGCCGAAAUCCCCUUCUGGGAGUGUGCCAAAGUGGAGAACAUUUCCUGCAGAGCAGCAAAAUUCCCUAACACUCCCAUUGAAGACUUAGGGCAGAAGGUGGAAUGCAGUGUGAAGCACGGCCUGAUCUGUGAAAACAAGGACCAGACAAUUGGAGGGAUGAUACCAAUGCCUGUCUGCCUCAACUACAAGAUCAGAGUCUGCUGCACCCCUGACCUGCCAGAGUGUAUUCCUGGACCUAGCAGCACCCCAGUCACCACCACCACCACCACCACCACUGUGCCCCCUCCCAUCAACACAACUACUACGACAGUGCCCCCUCCCAGCAGCACCACGACAACCACUGUGCCCACUCCCAGCAGCACGACAACCAGCACGAUGCCUCCUCCCAGCAGCACUACGACCACCACGGGUCCACCUCCCAGCAGCACCACCACCACUACGCCUCCUCCCAGCAGCACCACCACCACGCCUCCUCCCAGCAGCACUACCACCACAACGCCCUCUCCCAGAAGCACUACCACAACACCAUCACCUCCUCCCAGCAGCACUACCACAACACCACUGCCUCCUCCCAGCAGCACCACCACAACGCCUCCUCCCAGCAGCACUACCACCACAACCAGCACUACCACCACAACGCCACCACCUCCUCCCAGCAGCACCACCACAACGACCACCACUGUGCCUCCUUCCAGCAGCACCACCACAGUGCCUCCUCCCAGCAGCACCCCCAUAGACUGUAGCUGUGUCUGGACCGACUGGAUUGAUGUGAGUUACCCAACUCCUGACAGAGACAGUGGCGACUACGAAACCUUUGACAGGAUUGAAGCCGAAAUCCCCUUCUGGGAGUGUGCCAAAGUGGAGAACAUUUCCUGCAGAGCAGCAAAAUUCCCUAACACUCCCAUUGAAGACUUAGGGCAGAAGGUGGAAUGCAGUGUGAAGCACGGCCUGAUCUGUGAAAACAAGGACCAGACAAUUGGAGGGAUGAUACCAAUGCCUGUCUGCCUCAACUACAAGAUCAGAGUCUGCUGCACCCCUGACCUGCCAGAGUGUAUUCCUGGACCUAGCAGCACCCCAGUCACCACCACCACCACCACCACCACUGUGCCCCCUCCCAUCAACACAACUACUACGACAGUGCCCCCUCCCAGCAGCACCACGACUACCACUGUGCCCACUCCCAGCAGCACGACAACCAGCACGAUGCCUCCUCCCAGCAGUACUACGACCACCACGGGUCCACCUCCCAGCAGCACCACCACCACUGUGCCACCAACUAGCACCACAACCACACCGUCUCCUCCCAGUAGCACCACCACAAUGCCUCCUCCCAGCAGCACUACCACCACAACGCCACCACCUCCUCCCAGCAGCACCACCACUGUGCCUCCUCCCAGCAGCACUACUACCACAACGCCUCCUCCCAGCAGCACUACCACCACAACGCCACCACCUCCUCCCAGCACCACGACCACAACGCCACCACCUCCUCCCAGCAGGACAACACCUAGUGUUCCUGGCACACCACCACCCACCACAACUACUACAAGCACGGUCACAGGACCAACAAUAAUUACCAAAACCCCAUCAGUGCCACCAACUGAAGGACAACAAGCAGGUACAACGACGCCAGAGCCAACCACCUCAGAGCCAGUCACCACUUCUGGUACAACUCCAACAGUAUCUAUUACCACCACUUCAGGAACAACCUCUACUAGUGUUAGUCCAGUCACUUCCACCACCACCACCACCACCAUCUCAACGAGUACUGCUAGGCCAACUGCCACGUCAACUGCAGUCACCGUCCCGGGAAGUUCUACUCUGAGUACAGUUACUCCACACAGUCCAACUACACCUUCACCACCAACCACUCCUGGAAAGAAUUGUUCUAUCUUACCCAACGAAUCUUAUGUACCAGGAGAGACAUGGUGGAUCUGUGAAUGCCUUAAGGCAGUGUGUAUAGAAGAUGAUAAAAUCCAGGUGGUUCCUGUGGUCUGUGAUCCACCUCCUAAGCCUACGUGCUCCAAUGGGCUUUCUCCUGUGCAAGUCAUUGAUGAGGAUGGAUGCUGCUGGCACUGGGAGUGUGACUGCUACUGCACUGGCUGGGGAGACCCCCACUACGUGACUUUUGAUGGACUGUACUACAGCUAUCAGGGGAACUGUACCUAUGUCCUGCUGGAAGAGAUUAACAAGAAAGUGGACAACUUUGGUGUCUACAUUGACAACUACCACUGUGACUCAAGGGAUGUGGUCUCCUGCCCUCGAACGCUGAUCGUGAGGCACGAGACUCAGGAAGUGCGCAUGGCGACCGUCACGCCAAACACCAUGGAAGUGGAGGUGACAGUAAACAAACAGGUUGUGGCUUUGCCUUACAAGAAAUUUGGUGUGCUCAUCUACAAGUCAGGCAUAAAUAAUGUGGUGGAAAUCCCUGAACUGAAGAUGAAUGUGACCUACAAUGGCUUGAUCUUUUCCAUCAAGAUACCCCACAGCCUGUUUGGCAACAACACUCAAGGACAGUGUGGUACCUGCAAUAACAACACUGCAGAUGACUGCAUGCUACCAAAUGGGUUGGUUGCAGAAAACUGUGAAACCAUGGCAGAUCACUGGCAAGUUGUUGAUCCCUCCAAACCACAGUGCUCUCCAGGCUUAGUUCCUACAAGAUCACCCAGCACAAGCACAGUGCAUCCUUGCAAAGAGUCUGCCAUCUGUGAGCUGCUUUUGGGAAGUGUGUUUGAGCCAUGCCACAGCGCCGUCAGCCCUGACAAGUACUACGUAGCCUGCUUGUUUGACAGUUGUGUGCUGCCCAACCUAGACCUGGAAUGCUCCAGUCUGCAGAUCUAUGCUGCCACCUGUGCUGAUCAAAGUGUCUGCAUCGACUGGAGAAGUCACACUAAUGGUGUCUGCUGUAAGUAUUUGUGUCCCUCAGGUAAAGAAUACAGAGCAUGUGGUCCUAUUCAAGAGACGACCUGCAAAUCAAGUCAACAAAAUGAAACUUCAACUAGGCAAGUGGAAGGCUGCUUCUGUCCCAAUGGAACUAUGCUCUAUGACCCCAGCAUAAAUGUCUGCGUCAAAACCUGCGGCUGUGUUGGAAUGGACAUGAUACCAAGAGAGUUUGGGGAAAGGUUUACAGUGGGCUGUCAGGACUGUAUUUGCAUGGAAGGUGGAAGUGGCAUUGUGUGUGAGCCUCAUAAAUGUCCUGCACAAAAUGAGACCACUUGUGAUGGAGAAGGUUUCUAUAAGGUCAUUGUGGUCAAUUCUGAAGAUGCCUGCUGCCCCAUCAGCUCCUGCAAAUGCAACACAAGCUUGUGCACAGCUAAUGCUCCCAAGUGUAGUCCAGGAUUUGAAGUUCAAUCUCAAAUUCCCAGUGGCAAGUGCUGUCCUGUGUACCAGUGUGUUCCCAAGGGAGUUUGUGUAUAUGGGAAUGCUGAGUUCUUGCCUAAUUCCCCAGUCUUUGUUGACAAGUGCCAGAACUGUUUCUGCAGUAACAAUGUGAAUGCCAGCACUCAGCUGAAUAUCAUCUCAUGUGAACAUGUUCCAUGCAGCACAAUUUGUCAGCCAGGCUAUGAACUUCAGCCAGUGAAAGGUGAAUGCUGUGGAAAAUGUGUGCAGACCAAGUGUGUUAUACGCACAGUAAGCAACUCCAACCUCCUCCUGAGCCCUGGAGAGUUCAAAAAUGAUCCUAAAAACAACUGCACCGUCUAUAGUUGUGUAACUAUCCACGACCAGUUCAUCUCCUCCACAUCUGAGAUUACCUGCCCUGCAUUCAAUGAGGAAAGCUGCAAACCUGGAACCAUCGCAUUCUUGCCCAACGGUUGUUGCAGGACCUGUGCACCUCUGGACAGCCCCACGCCAUGCUCUGUCCGCCAAAGGACUGACUUCAUCGUCUACAGGGGCUGCCGCUCGCUGGAGAGAGUUGUCAUGACUGAGUGUGAAGGAACAUGUGGAACCUUCUCCAUGUACUCUGUGGAGGCCAAUUCCAUGGACCACAGCUGUUCCUGCUGCAGGGAAUCAAAGUCUACCAUGAAGGAAGUGACACUGAAAUGCCCCCACGGGAACUCCAUAACACAUAAGUAUGUGUAUGUGGAGAGCUGCAGCUGUCAGGAGACUGCGUGCAGCACCUCACAGUCACAGGAGAGGCAGAGCAGGGAAGAGAACGACGCUGCAAGCGCUCUGAGCCGCCUCAAGAGGGCCAUCAGCUUAGCCUCAAAAUGAAGGAGAAAAACACCUUCAACAGUGAUCUAAAAGGACUGUGCACCAUUCUCCUCUCCCUUGACUCAUGCUGAACUUUGCCUGGUUUCUGUAUGCUGUUUGUUUUCUGUUCGUUUUUAAUGUUGCUCUAUUUAUUUGUGGACGAAAGAAGGACACAAAUUUGAAUUCUUCCUGGUGGUGCAUGGCCUUUUGGGGGCCUUUUAUAAUCACCUGAUUUCCUCUGAAUGAUUAAAAAA